UACGCGUUGACCAAUGAAAACACGGCUUGUUCGGCCGGUUCCUUUGCGUGUGCAGGAACCGCAAGGACUUCAAGUAUAAUGUCCUCCCUGCAAUUAUACAGUUAGAAAUGCCCCGCAACGGCCGAUGUAAAUAGGGCAAUUUGUCCUUCAUGUCGCUCUCAGCGUUGCUGUGGGAAGCGCCGAUGAAACCGAUUGCUUUGUCACAUGUGGGUCUGUAAUCCGGAAACGUUUGGCUUUUGUUUCGUAAGUAGGGAAUGAACGACGAGAAAACAUUGGGCAGCUGCAAGAGAAACUCUGGGUGCUCCAGUAUUGAGCAAAUGCUGGCUGUGAACCCCGGGAAGACGCCCAUCAGUUUGCUGCAGGAGUAUGGAACGCGGAUAGGCAAGACCCCCGUGUAUGACCUGCUGAAGGCGGAGGGUCAAGCCCACCAGCCCAACUUCACUUUCCGCGUGUCUGUGGGCGAUAUCAGCUGCACCGGCCAGGGGCCCAGCAAGAAGGCUGCUAAGCACAAGGCCGCCGAGGCUGCCCUCAAGAUGCUUAAAGGAGGGAUGGACGGGAUCGGUGCAGAGCUUUGUAGUUCCGAAGGGAGCGGCGUUUGCAUUGGGGCAGGAGAAGAUGAUGUAAUGGGGGUGAAGGCACCCGUGGAUGGAGUAAAGACUCCGUACUUAACUUGCUCUGUAACUAGCAAACCUGAUCUCUUCAGCUCUCAGCCAGACUUGAAAAUGUCCAGCUCCACACCGCAGGCAGAAUGCAAUCCAGUAGGUGCCCUACAGGAGCUGGUGGUACAGAAGGGCUGGCGAUUGCCGGAGUACACCGUGACCCAGGAAUCAGGCCCGGCUCACCGUAAGGAGUUCACCAUGACGUGCCGAGUGGAGAGAUUCGUUGAGAUUGGGAGCGGCACGUCCAAGAAGCUGGCCAAGCGCAAUGCGGCGGCAAAGAUGCUCUCCCGCAUCCACGAUGUGCCCAUGGAGCUGCGGAGCAACCAGGAGGCCGAGACCGAGGACGACACAUUCAACAUGCACAUGAGCAGCCGGCUCGAUGGAGGCAAAGGCAAAAAUUUUGGCUGCACAUGGGACUCCCUGAGGAACUCAGCGGGGGAGAAGAUCCUGCAGCUGCGCAGCCAGCCUCUGGGGGAGCCCGACUCUAACUUCUGCGCCCUGCUGCAGGACCUGUCCGAAGAGCAGCGCUUCGACAUCAGCUACCUGGACCUGGAGGAGCGCAGUCUGAGCGGCCUGUACCAGUGCCUGGUGGAACUGUCUACCCAACCCGUCACAGUGUGCCACGGAUUCGCGCCCAGCCAGGAUGCCGCCCGUGCCAGUGCUGCCCGCAAUGCGCUGCAGUACCUCAAGAUCAUGGCUGGCGCCAAGUGAUCGUCCACCAGCCCCUCCCACCCAAGCACCGCCCUCUGCGACCUAGACGUCUGUGCCAUCCUUCCAUCGUUCCAGCAUGCCCGGGCUGGGUUUUCAGAAGCACAUGUUGCCAUGGCGGAUAUGAUUUCCCCUCCCCUCCACCCUGGGUACUGCGUCUUGGGGACUCUGAAGAGAAGGGUUAGGGUCGCAGUCAAAAAAUUAGUGGGUAACUGAAACUGGAAAUUGAGCUUGAAUUCUUCAUGCCCACCAAAACGAUUCCCAUUAACAUCUUCAUUGUUUGUGAGCUGGGGAUUUCAUCCUUCUGUUUCCAUAGAUAACGGUGAAGGAUUCAGGGAUGGUACAGUGUCUUGGAGUCAUGGACUGCUAAAGAUGUACAUGCUCUCCAUUUAAGAAUGGUUCUACCCCUUUUCCACAUUGGGCAUCUUAGGUCAGUUUUUUUUUUUAAACUUUUCAUGGAAACAAUAUCGAUCAUUUUUUGUCAUUUUUAUUCUUCCAGCAAAACUAUUUUAAAUGUCAAAACUAAAACAGGAGGUUUCAAAGGUUAUUGUAGGUAGUCUGGGAUUUAAAAGACACGGCACAUUGAUGCAUUUUGGCCUCUUGUGUGAUGGCAGUGUUUUAUGUGGCUGUCAUCCCUCUGCGGAAAUGGGUGAGCAGGUGAGCACUUGAACUUAUUAGAUAAGAGAUGCAUCUGCCCACCAUUUUUAAGGUUUAACCUACAGUUUAACAGGAAAAUCAAUAGAUGGCAAAGUUUUAUUUAUACCUCAUUAAUUUAACUCUUGAAAUUCUGUUUUUAAAUGAUUUUCAAAUAAACUUAUUUUGUGUCUGGCAUAAUGCAGAUGGUGGGUAGCUUUCAGCUCUUAAAGGUUUUUAAAGUAGUGUUUACACAUCCAGAAACGUUACUUGAUAUGCAACGAAGAGAAAUGUUACCCGUCGUUACCCGUUAUUGGCCACAAGAUGUCACUGUUUCUCUGUGAGUGGCUUUGCAACCCAUCGCCCAUGCCAUUGCCUGACUGCAACAAAAGACGCUUAGAACUGCAACCUAAUUGAGCUUCUGCUGAGGAGAUUCUAGAAUGACAUAAGUUAAUAUCAACCUCAAUGCGAAUCACUGAACAACUCAUUUACUAAAUCUAUACCUCAUGCCUGAACUAGUCUGGGACUCUCAAGUAAGCUCAAUUUGAGCAUGAGGAAGAUGUUUGUAUGAGCUAUGGCAUGUCACCUUGAGUGAUACUUUGAAUUUCAAGUAGGAAUGUGCCACAAAAAUUUACAGCACAGAAAUGGAAGCCUCAAUUAUGUUUUGUGUUUUAUGCAGUUGAUUUUAAUGUAUGUUAAUAGUAAAAUGAGUGCUAGGCUUACAUGGAAUAUGGACUUUACAUGGAUUGAUCAGCUUAUUGAAAAUGGAUCCGUUAAGAAUAGUAUUCACUUUUCUAAUUGUUCAUUGACUGGUUUGUGUAAAUAGUACUUCUGCGUUCCAGAUCUUUCCUCAUUGCCAAAUGUUGGAUUAGGUAUUCUAGUCUUUUACUCUUUGAUCUACCUCUUUAGUGUUGUGUGCUGGCCUGAAAACGUGAGGCUCCACUGAGGACAAUCGUAAUGCAACAUUGUCAGGUUUUUAAUUGAAGGGUGCAAUUUGUCGGUAAAUUACCUUUGAUACCCCUCCCCAUAAAUGUCAAUUCAGCAGUGGUUCUUAACUUUAGAGCAGACCUUAAAAUGUUGUUUGACAAUGUUAGUAUUCACUGUAAGAGCUCCAAAUGUGAAGAAGCCCUGAGCUUCUCUGGAGAUUAAACAUCUGUCCAGAAAUGUGCUCUUACGAUGUUACUGGGCUUAUCGUGUUUCACACCUUCACAAUGUUUCCUCAAACCCGUUCUGCUUAUUCUUGUCUCCCCCCAAGACUGACAGGCUUUGUUAAAGAUUAAGAUAACAAGGCGAUUGUAUUUAUAAAUAAUUUUAAUAAAUAAAAGCAGCGUUCGCUGUAAUGUUAAAAGAAAAA